CCAGCCUCCUGUCUGGACACUACACACACUCUCUGUGUUUAAACAGGACAUUUCAUCUGCUGCCAGCCUCGCGCUCUCCAGAAGAAGAUGCAGCUGAUGAUGAUGAUGAUGAUGAUGUGAGCUCAGCGUAGUGAUGGACGACCUGUUUGCCGCGGCGCUGGCCGUCUUCCAGCUGUGGGUGUUCGUGGUGCUGGUCCUCAUCAUGCUGCCCGCCAUGUUCGGCCUGUCGCUAGGGGUAACCGGGGUCUACAUCCAGGUCCUGGUCCGGAUCCUGGAGUGGGCCACGCUGCGGAUCCAGAGAGGCCGGCAGCAGCUGCCCAGCGUGCCGGUCCCGCUGCCCAACGGGAUUAUCGAGCGGGCGGGCGGCUCCAUGGAGGAGGAGCUUGGCCAGUUUUCUCUCAGCGACGUCUUCUACUUCUACAAGCGAGGGCUGGAGAGCAUCGUGGACGACCAGGUGACGCAGCGCUUCUCCUCCGAGGAGCUCGCCUCCUGGAACCUCCUCACCCGGACCAACCAGAACUUCCGCUACAUCAGCCUGCGCCUCACCGUCAUCUGGGGCCUCGGCGUCCUCGUACGCUAUUGCGUCCUCUUCCCCCUCAGGAUCACGCUGGCGAUCAUCGGCCUGACGUGGCUCGUUAUCGGGACGGUUCUGGUGGGAUUGAUGCCUGACAGCAGUGUGAAGAAUUGGCUGAGCGAGUUGGUCCACCUGACGUGUUGGAGGAUCUGCGCCCGCGGACUGUCCGCCACCGUCAGCUACCACAACAGAGAGAACAAACCUCAGAAAGGAGGAAUAUGUGUCGCCAACCACACCACGCCCAUCGACGUGGUGAUCCUCGCCAACGACGGCUGCUACGCCAUGGUGGGUCAGAUCCACGGUGGGCUGAUGGGCGUCAUCCAGAGGUCCAUGGUCCGCUCGUGUCCUCAUGUAUGGUUCGAGAGGUCCGAGAUGAAAGACCGGCACACCGUGACCAGCAGGCUGAGAGCUCACGUCGCAGCCAAAACCAAACUUCCCAUCCUGAUAUUUCCUGAAGGAACCUGCGUCAACAACACGUCCGUCAUGAUGUUUAAGAAGGGAAGCUUCGAGAUUGGAGGGACCAUCUACCCCGUUGCAAUCAAGUACGACGCUCGCUUCGGGGACGCCUUCUGGAACAGUGCCAAGUUCAACAUGGUCAGCUACCUGCUGAGGAUGAUGACCAGCUGGGCCAUCGUGGUCAACGUGUGGUACCUGCCGCCCAUGACCAUACAGGACGGUGAGGAUGCAGCUCAGUUUGCUAACAGAGUGAAAUCUGCGAUCGCUCAUCAGGGCGGCCUGCUGGACCUGGCCUGGGACGGAGGACUGAAGAGAGGGAAGGUGAAGGACUCGUUCAAAGAGGAGCAGCAGAAACAGUACAGCAGCAUCAUCACUGGACACAACGGACACGACCAGGCCGAUCAAUAACCAGGCCGAUCAAUAACCAGGCUGAUCAAUAACCAGGCUGAUGAAUAACCAGACUGACCAAUAAACAGGCUGAUCAAUAACCAGAUUGACCAAUAAACAGGCUGAUCAAUAACCAGGCUGACCAAUAAUGACAUUGAUCAAUAACCAGGCUGACCAAUAACCAGGCUGAUCAAUAACCAGGCUGACCAAUAAUGAGACUGAUCAAUAACCAGGCUGAUCAAUAACCAGGCUGACCAAUAAUGACAUUGAUCAAUAACCAGGCUGACCAAUAACCAGGCUGAUCAAUAACCAGGCUGACCAAUAAUGAGACUGAUCAAUAACCAGGCUGAUCAAUAACCAGGCUGACCAGUAAUGAGAUUGAUCAAUAACCAGGCUGACCAAUAAUGAGACUGAUCAAUAACCAGGCUGAUCAAUAACCAGGCUGACCAAUAAUGACAUUGAUCAAUAACCAGGCUGACCAAUAACCAGGCUGAUCAAUAACCAGGCUGACCAAUAAUAAGACUGAUCAAUAACCAGGCUGAUCAAUAACCAGGCUGACCAGUAAUGAGAUUGAUCAAUAACCAGGCUGACCAAUAAUGAGGCUGAUCAGCAAUCAAUCUGACUUGUAUCUUCUUUCAGACUCUUUUGAGCUCUCUAAGUCUUAUUUUACUGUUUUUAAACUGGAUGCUUUGUCCUGAUAAACCUUAAAGACGAGUGUUACGGUCCUGGAAACUCCUGGAAACCUAAUGAGACGUCCUGGAACAUGUUUUUACAGACACACGAACCUCAGAGUGAACUUAGUGAUUAUAAAAAAACAAAUCUGAGGUUUAAUGUGUUGAUAAGAGACCAACAGACUGUGUGUGUGUGUGUGUGUGUGUGUGUGUGUGUGGUGUGUUUCCAGCAGCAGGUGGCGCUGUCUGACAACACAAUAAUCGUGUUCUUCCAUUUCUGCUCCUGCAGACUCAAACAGCUGUUUAUUAUUAUUAUUAUUAUUAUUACUGUUCAAGGAUAAUGAGUAAAUUAGUUAUAUUAUUAUUAUUACUGUUUAAGGCUAAUGAAUGAAUGAAUGAAUGAAUUAUACUAUUAUUAUUAUUAAUAUUAUUAUUAUCAUGAGUACAAUCUGUGUGAGAAUCUCCGAUGUUUUAUAUUUUCUGUUGCUGCUGUUUCCUGUUUCUGAAUCUCUGUGAAAACCAAAAUACAUAUCUGCAUAAACAUUUAUAUUCACUUCACCUUUGUUUGUUUCAUUGUAAACAUAUUAUGUUUACUUUAUUCAGUUACAUAAGUCAAAAUGCCACAAACAGUCAGUCAAGAUUUAAUUAAAAUGAGUAAAGAUAAUAUCGAAUGUGACGUUUAUAUAUAUUUCUUGUGAGGAGAGUAUUUCUGAGUUGAAGCCCGAUAGUAGUUAUUUUUCUGCCUAUGUUUAAUUAUAUUUGUAUUGAGGAAUAAU